GCCUGAUGGAUGAAAUAACUUCAAUAUCGCCGGAUGCUGCAACGAAUACUGCAGAGUCAGUAUUAUCCCCAAUAACCGGGAAUAAUAACUUGGAAACCACAGGCUUGAACGUGUCCUGCGUCUCCCAGAGUCAGCUAAGCGAGCUCACAGCAACAAAAGACCUCAAAGCUCUCCACUCUCUAGGCGGCCUCACCGGAUUAGCAGCCAGUCUGAGAACAGACCUCACAACCGGCCUCAAAGAUGGCGGGGGAGACACAGUCAAGAUAGACCCCGGAUUCACAGCCAGGAAAAAGGAAUAUGGCGAAAACCGACUCCCCCCAAGAAAGCGCAAGACAUUCUGGCGCUUCGCAUGGAUGGCAUUCAAUGACAAAAUGAUGAUCCUCCUGACCGUUUUAGCCACCGUUGAUUUGGCCCUGGGAAUAUAUCAGUCAAUUAGUGCGGCGCUGGAAGAGCCCGAUGUCCAGUGGGUGGAAGGUGUUUCGAUCAUCGUUGCGGUGGUGGUUAUUGUCCUGGCCACUGCGAUUAAUGAUUUCCAGAUGGACUGCAAGUUCCGGCUAUUGAAUCAGAAAAACGAUGAGCGAGAUGUCAUAGUUAUCAGAUCAGGGAGGGCGCAGCAGAUUUCUAUUCAUGAGAUUGUCGUGGGUGAUCUGGUUCAUCUCGAAACGGGAGAUGUGAUUCCAGUCGAUGGGAUUCUGAUACACGGGUUCAGUGUCCAAUGCGAUGAAUCGUCUUCCACGGGAGAGUCCGAUUUUAUUGAGAAGAUACCUGCUUUGAAGGGAAAUAUUGACGACAGUGUGAUUUACGACCCGUUCAUGCUAAGCGGUAGCAAAGUCUCCAACGGCGUCGGCACAUUCCUGGUCAUCUCUGUUGGAGAGAACUCGAGCUACGGGAAGAUCCUCAUGUCCCUGCAUAACGAGAUAGAAGAAACACCACUACAGCAAAAGCUCGGGGCACUCGCGAAAUACAUUGUCCGCGUCGGCCUGAUCGUCGGCGGCGUGUUCUUCCUCAUCAUUUUCAUUCGGUAUCUCGUGCACUUGAGGGGUAUUAAAGGAGGACCCAGAGAAAAAGGUAAAAGCUUCCUUAAUGUCUUUAUUUUGGCGAUCACGGUCGUUGUGAUUGCUGUUCCGGAAGGUCUUCCGCUAGCCGUCACAAUGUCGCUGGCAUAUGCAACUGCCAGAAUGUUAAAGGAUAACAAUUUGGUUCGGCUACUCAAGUCAUGCGAGGUUAUGGGAAAUGCUACCACUAUCUGCUCCGAUAAAACGGGGACGUUGACUCAGAAUAAGAUGACUGUAGUGGCUGGUCGCGUUGCCACCUAUGCGCCUUUUACGGACGAGAAUACCACUUCGAGGACUGAGAUCAAGACUGAUGUCAUGUCCCUACGCAGUGCGAUGGCUUCUCUAUCUGGUCUGACUCGAGAUUUAAUCAAGGAUUCAGUCAUCCUCAAUUCCACGGCACUGGAAAAAGCAAACGGACAAGCGGUACAGCUUGUGGGUACUAGUACGGAGGUUGCCCUAAUCGAAUUUGCACAAUCGAAUCUUCAUGCAGACAGCGUGAUUGCCGAAAGAAAAAGGGCGGAGAUAGUCGAACUCUUUCCAUUCAACGCCAACAGAAAGUGCAUGGCUGUUGCCGUGCGAAUCUCAUCCGGCGCAUAUCGAGUGUAUCUCAAGGGGGCUCCUGAGACGAUCCUGCAGAAAUGCAGUUGCAUUUUAACGGAUUCUCAUACUGGUCUCUUCUCCUGUAACUUACAAGAUGAAAUGCGUAACACCAUGGGAGAUGAUUUGCGCGGCUUCUCAAGCCAAUCGCUUCGCUCGAUAGCUCUCGCAUAUCGUGACUUUGACUACUGGCCUUUACAAAAGCCAGUCGGGACUGAGUGCAACGAUCUCCUCGACGAAGCUCUGCAAGAUAUGGUGCUAAUUGGAAUGUUUGCCCUACGAGACCCACUAAGACCAGAAGUCACCCAAUCGGUACACGACUGCCAAUCAGCGGGGGUAAGCGUACGGAUGGUCACCGGCGACACAUUUCUUACCGCAAAAGCAAUUGCUCUAGAGUGUGGUAUAUAUCAACCUGGAGGUAUUGCAAUGGAUAGCUCAAUCUUUCGCAAGUUAUCCUCUUCUCAAUUAGACAUGGUUCUACCGCGAUUGCAGAUCCUAUCUCGAUCCAGCCCUGAGGAUAAACUUAGGCUUGUGUCCCAUCUGAGACGUCUGAGGGAGACCGUUGCCGUGACUGGCGAUGGGACCAAUGAUGCUUUGGCGCUCAAGGAGGCAGAUGUGGGAUUUGCAAUGGGGAUUCAGGGGACUGAGGUGGCAAAGGAGGCAUCGUCUAUCAUCCUGAUGGAUGAUAACUUUGCUUCCAUUGUGAAGGCCAUUCUGUGGGGGAGGACUGUCAAUGACGCUGCGGAAAAGUUCCUGCAGUUUCAAUUCACAAUCAACAUUACUGCCGGUAUCCUCACCAUCGUCUCCGCCCUAUCCGGCGGCACAAGUGCAUCCGUUUUCACCGUCGUCCAACUCUUAUGGAUCAAUCUUAUCAUGGACACAUUUGCAGCGCUGGCACUUGCCACAGACAGACCUACUCGUCGACUACUCAAACGCACCCCAGAGCCCAGAGGCUCUCCGAUUGUCAAGAUAACCAUGUGGAAGAUGAUCGCUGGUCAGUCCAUAUACCAGCUCGCCGUUAUUUUUGUACUGUAUUAUGCGGGGGAGCGGUUAUUCCAUUGUAGCACGAAAACAGAAAAGCACCAGAUACAGACGAUGACAUUUAAUAUAUACGUCUGGAUGCAGUUCUUCAAUAUGUUGAAUUCCCGAAGAGUCGACAACGGCUGGAACUUCCUCGACGGGAUUACCCACAACUACAGCUUCUUUUGCGUCCAGGCUGUGAUUGUUGCAGGCCAGGUUCUUAUCAUCUUCAAAGGCGGCGAGGCGUUUGGGACCGUAGCCCUGACAGGAGCACAAUGGGGAUGGUCCAUGCUGUUUGGGCUGCUGACGUUUCCAGUUGGAUUCCUUGUCCGGCUUGUUCCUGAUAGGAUUGUUGUGAUUGUUUCUGCUGGUAUUGUGUCUAUGAGGAGGAUGUUUCUGGGCCCCGUUGUACUGCGAUGGAAAAGCUACAUGCAUGUUUGCUUUCCGAUUAUGUUUCGUUCGAGAAAGGAGAGGAAGGACUCGUCCUCGUUCUUGGACAUCGCACCGACUAAUAUUGCCUCUGUACCAAAAGGAGACCAGUAUAUCUCGUUAAGGUCAGGUCUUGGGAGUGACAAGUCUGGAAGUGGGAGGUCCGAAAGGAGCGGUUCAUUCGAUCUUGUUCGUGCCAUUGAGAGCGCGAAAGCUGGGUCUUUUGACGGAACACCUGGGCUUGAGGUUCAUCCUGGUACUUGCAAGGAUGAUAUAGUUACAGGUCGACUUGAAGAGGUCUGAAACUUUGAC